CACCAUCCUGCGAUCCUGCGUACUAUGGUCUCUGUUGCAAACCUGCGCUACUCAGUACCAACUAAUCCUGUGGUGAGAUGGCUAGCCACUCAAGAACGCAAUCUCAACAAAGAACUCCCGUAUCCCGACGAGGCCGCCGAGACGCCGGAAGAGUACGUCUGCCGCAUAUAUCUCCAAUUUCUAUGGUUACCGCAGUCAAUCAUGCCGCUGCAAUUUCUCAUACCCGCAUUGCUGCGCGUGACGUGCACAUCACAACCCUCGGCAACCACCUCACAGGAGUCUGCCGGGCAUCCGCUACACGAUCUUCUCAGGGCCAUUUUGUUGACGUCCCGUGCCGCCUCCCAGAAAUAUCACACCCGAAUUCCAGAUCUCAUCGCCGAGGAGAACGAGCCGGCAGACUCCGAGGAGGAGUAUAUGUGGUACGCAUACCAAAAGGACAAGAAUGCCGAAGAGGAGCGGCUACCGGAAGGGCAAGUCGAGUACGAGGCUCAUGAGCGACUCAAGGCCGCUUGGCUUGAGAAGUACGAGCGGAGAGAGGUUCAGAUACAGAUGCUGCUGCACUUUCUGCUCAUCUCCCUCCCAGGAGAUCACGCUGCUCCAUAUACCAAGAGCGCGCAGGCGGCCAUUGCCGAUUCGCUUCCGCUGCCACCCUCUCUUUCGCCGACCAAGUCAAAAAAGCGUAAACACAAAGAUCGUGGGACAGGCCGAGCACUAGACCCUCCACCACAGUCGCUCGAAGAACGCUUGGAGAGCUACAUGGACAAGCUUGCCAUGUGGCAGCUCAUGCACUCCGUGGAUAGCUCGCUAAACCGUGGCAGACAUAUGUCUGGCUCAGCUGCAGACAAGGGAAAGGGACAGCAAACGGACGACAGAGACUGGAUGCAGGUCUUUUGCGAGGAUGUCGUGGAACCGUUG